ACCCCCAAACCCAAAGCGCUCUCUCUCUCUCUCUCUCUCUCUCUCUCUCCCUCACCCUUCGCCUUCGUUUCCCCCAAUUCGAUCUCUCCAAAUUCGAUUUCUCCAAUUCUCGGAAGAGGAUACAAAUCAACACAACGAUGAUCUCACCGCGCUCAUUUGAUCUCUUUCCUUUUCUCGGAUCCGAUCGUUAGCUGUUUGAAGUAUUGGGAGCUCACUCGGAUCUCUUCAAAUAGGUGGUAUGCUUACGAAAUAAUCGGGAAAGGGUUGUUUUUUUGCUCGGUUUUUGUUCAUAUUGGGGGGUUUCGGAUGUCUUCGCCUGUGGGUGGCUCAGAUUGGGAGGCAGAGGAGGAGAAGAGACACAAAGCGAGUUCAAACAAUCCGAAUAGAACUUUACUAGCUGAGGAGAAUGGGAGCAUCUCGACGGCAAGGAAAAGGAGAAGGAAGGAUUGGAGAGCUUGUGCUGAUGAUAUUGCAGCUGGUAGACGGAGGGUACUGAGGUCGGAUGUUGCGAAGCUCAAGGCGGAGGUUGAUGCCGCUAAGGAAAGAGCUUUGCAAGAGGGCUGUAACAGAGACAACGGUAACUUUGACGUCAGUGAGUGGAAUGGCAUGGAUUGGGUUAAAUUUGGCGAGGAUGUUGAAGUUGCAAAUAUGGAAAUUUUGAAGCCCGUUGUUGCUAAACAAAAGGAAGUCGUUGAAAUAAUUGCGAGUAGAAAGAAUGUGGUAGAAGCAGCUGAUGUCCAUGCCCUGGAAACCGGAGAAGAGGCAGAGUCUGCUAAAAGAAGGAUUGUGCAAGAAGGUGAUGAUAGGAAAGGGAAAGAUACCGGGGAGCUUCCUGAUGGAAUUCAUCAGGAUGGUGAUAACCGUGUACAUGUUGAGAGAAAACUCACUGUGGAGAUUAGGUGUGAAUCUAGUGAGAUUGGGAUCAUGAGUUUGGAUGUGGCAGAGCAUUCGGAGGACGUUCAUGCUGGUGGUAAGGAAGUUGCGGACAAGUUUAUGGAACACGAGCCUGAAGUUGAGGAGGGGAAUUCACAGUUGCACAUCAAGCGAGAGGAAGAAGCUGAAUCUAAGAAGAAGGUUGAGCAUACUGAAAUCGAUGUCAAGAAAGUAACUGAAGAUGCUCAUGCUGACAGGAAAAGAAGGACGGAAGAGACUGCUUUAGGUGCUGCAAUUACUCUAGGCAGUAUUUUAAAGCAUAUAAAAUGUGAAAUUAAGGUCAAACUUAACAAGGAAGGAGGCAAAAAAUCUGAUGUUUCCAAACAAACCAUAGAGCCUGACACUCGUGGGGAAGAUCCUAAGGAAGUGGGUGCUUUUAGAAAAAAUCAUAAGAAGCACAAUUCCUUAGCUAAUAAAAGGAAUGACAUACAUGGUUCAAGUAGUAAGGAGGUUAAAACUGAGAAGAGAAUAACAAGGUCAGCUUUUGCCAAACAAAGGGAAAAUGCUGAAGCUGCUAAUAAAAAUCCUAUAGGAACUUGUGAUCUUGAUAAGACAGAAAUCACAGAAGAUGCUGUUCCUAUAGAUAAACAGAAGGAAAAUGGCUCCACCUUCUGCAGAAGCAAUGGCAUUCAUCCGGUAGAACUCCCCGAAGAAUUCAAUUUGGAGAAGAAGUGGGUCAUAGAGAAAGACGGUGUACAUGAAAGACAAAAAUCUUAUUAUAAUGCGGGAUGUCUUUUAGGUGAUGAAACUUCUGGAGCUGAUCAUACUUCUUGUGUGGAGAUAAUGGAAUAUGAUGACAAUACAGUUAAAAAGGGUGUAGCAAAACCCAAUGCAGUCGAGAGACAGACAAACAGAGUUUUGGUGAAUGGUGAAGAAAUGCAAGGAUCAGAGACUGAUGCCAGUGAACAGCAUGUAAGGGUAUCAGGACAUGGGAGGAGGAGAGAUGGAAUAUUAGAUCCUGAAUUUUCCAGAAAGAAAAUCAAAAUAGAGUCUUGUAAUGGGAAAGUAGAGCAAACAGAGGAAUGUUCUGGUAAGAAGCUAAAAUAUGAUACAUUGAAGGUAGAAAAAACUGGUGUUGUUACACGGUCAAGCCAAAAAAAUUUUAAGAUGGCACAAUAUAAGGAAACACAUGAUUUAGAUUCUGAAGAGGAUAUUGGAUCUUCACGGCAUAAAAUUCUGAAGGGACACAGCCGAGGAGGAGUUCAUAUGGCCCUAACAAGUAGCAAGAAGGUGGAGGGAUCUGAGAAAGCUCGUAUUCUAAGAAAAGAUGAAGGACGAAGGAAAUAUUCAGGGCAAAAAGUUGGUGGUCAAACUAUGUCGAAUAGAUUAGGUCUUAGGAAAUCUAAUAAGGUAAGAGGAAAAUCUAAAUCUUCAUCUCAAAAAGUAGAACGUGUAACUCCUAGCCCAAGCAAGCAGAAUAAUGCAACAAGUUCAAGAAAUUUGGCUAAACAGAAAGUGAGGGAUGAGAUAAAAAACAUGCUUCUAAGUGCUGGUUGGCAAAUCGAUAUGAGGCCUAGACAUGGCAGAGAUUAUCUGGAUGCUGUCUAUAUCCCUCCUCAAGGGCCUGGAUCAUAUUGGUCUAUCACAAAGGCAUAUUAUGUAUUUCUUAGUCAACUUAGGGAUGCAAAAAAUGACAAAGGGAAGAAAAGUCCAUCCAAGACAUCUAGAGGGAGUCGCCGUGGUUCUACAUUUUCUCCUAUUCCAGAGGAGCUCAUCAGUAUGCUGAAAAGAAAUGUGGUGAAUAAGCGAAGAAGUAAGGAAAAGCUGGCAAAAAUCAAGAAGAAGUCUGGGGGUAAUGGAAAAAAGUCAAAGAAAAAACGCAACAAAAAGCACCCAAAUGUUAAAAAUUCCAAGGAUGAUGCUGAGGACAGUAAGGGUAGCAACAGUAUCAGAGGAAAAUGCAGAAAGAGGAAGGGAGGAUGCACUUUGUUGAUUCGUGGAUUCAAUCAGGAGGCAGAAACCGGCACGGAUACUUAUGUUCCCUAUGUUGGCAAACGUACAAUUCUCUCCUGGAUAUUAGAUAUGGAGAUAGCACCUGCUAACAGUAAAGUGAAAUAUAUGGACUCUAAGCACACUAAGGUGUUAUUGGAGGGAUUAAUUACAAGGGAAGGCAUUAAUUGCAGCUGCUGCGAUAAGGUCCUCACAUUAUCUGAGUUUGAGACUCAUGCUGGUAGCGAACUGGGCCAGCCAUAUCAAAACAUAUUUGUAGAGGAGGUGGGGCUUAACCUGUUGCAGUGCAUGUUAAAUGCUUGGCAAAAGCAGGAUAAUUCUGAGCAUCGAGGUUUCUACACUAUUAGUACUGAUGGGGAGGACCCAAAUGAUGAUACAUGUGGCAUAUGUGGAGAUGGUGGAGACUUGAUCUGCUGUGAUACUUGCCCUUCCACAUUUCACAUGAAUUGCUUAGGCAUUAAGAUGCUUCCUACUGGUGAGUGGCGCUGUGUGAAUUGUUCGUGUAGAUUUUGCAGGGCACUUUCUGAUUCUGAUGUUCAAGAAGUUGUUGGACUCGAUUUUCCAUUACUUGCUUGUCCCCAGUGUGAGGAAAAAUUUCACAAAACAUGUGCUUCUGAGUUGGAUUGCUUGUCCAACUGUACCAGCUGUCCAGGCAUUCCAUUCUGUGGUCCAAGUUGCAAAAAGCUAUUUGAAGGAUUGCAGAAUCUUCUUGGGGUUAAGAAUGACCUAGAAGCAGGAUUUUCAUGGAGACUUCUUCAGCGCCUUGAUGAGGAUUCAACAGAGACAAUUUCUGGGAUAGACCAGGUGGCUGAAUGCAAUUCCAAGAUUGCUGUUGCACUUGCAGUUAUGGACGAGUGUUUUUUGCCCAUUAUUGACCAGAGAAGUGGUAUAAACCUGAUUAGAAAUGUAAUUUAUAACUGCGGAUCAAACUUUGUCAGGUUGAACUUCUGUGGCUUUUAUACUAUCAUUUUGGAGCAGGGGGAUGAAAUAAUCUCUGCCGCAUCCCUUAGAUUCCAUGGAACCAAGCUAGCUGAGAUGCCUUUCAUUGGAACAAGGAAUAUGUAUAGACGUCAAGGAAUGUGCCGUCGACUUCUUAGUGGAAUUGAAUCGAUUCUUUCUUCCCUCGGUGUUGAGAAAUUGGUAAUUCCUGCCAUAUCUGAACUUAUAGACACCUGGACUGGUGUUUUUGGGUUCAGACCGCUUGAGGGUUCACAGGUAGAAGAAAUCAAGUCCAUUAGUAUGCUGGUUUUCCCUCACACAGGUCUAUUAGAAAAGCAAUUAUUGAAGAAAGAUUCCACUGGAAAGUGUGAACCUGCUGAAGAAGCUGAUAACAUUGUAGCUGAAAACGAGCAUCAUCAGAUACCUGAUAUGUCCAAUGGAACUUGCUCUUUUGCUGGGUCUGAGCCCAAGUCAACUAAAGUUAUUAUUGAGUCUAAGGAUGAAACGAAAGACACAAUGAUAAAUGAUCAUGUUCACUCAAAUGGUGGUCUCUCAUUUGAGUCUCUUCAAGCAGCACAUAAGAGAUCUUCAGAUAAAGCUACAUGUAAAGACUCCGUACUUCAUACGCAGACAGUUUAUAGAGAUAGCUCUGUGCAAUCGGAACCUGACUCUAAUGGUGCCUUCAAUCCUACGGACACUAUGCAGAACAGCAAACCCGAAGUAUGUCGUGAUGGUGGUAAAAGUGUUUUGACUCAAGAGCAACCUGAAGCUCAGUUAACGUCGUCAGAUGCCACCGGUAGUCUGGAGAACUAAGGGAAUUCGUUAAUUGAACAAGCACCAUUCUAGCUCAUUAUUGGCAGCAUAUCAUACAAGAGAAUAGCCUGUAUUCAAAUAUUUUAUUUGAAAUUGGUUGCAGAGGGGGCUUCUCUAUUCAUCUCAAGGAUCUCAUGAAUCAGUACAUGAUUAUAUCUCCAUAUCAUAUUAAACAGCUAGAAGGAUCUCCUUGACUUGUGAGGUGACCGAUGCUCCAUUGUACAGAGUUACGUUACAAAUAGGAAGAAAAACACUUACGAUUAGAGGAGAGAGUGCUAACUACAUGGAGUGGAGCAUAUUUUGAAACCGAACCCUGCUUAUACUGAUAUGGGACAUUUUUCUAGGCUAAGACUAACUCCUACUGACAAAUUUUGGGUAUUUUUUGGGUGGGUUUGGGUUCUCAUUUUAGUACUUAUCGGCUAAAUGUUGCUUCAUGUUUACAUUUGACCUAGCUUUUUAUCUCAUUGUUAUGUCUGAGCUUCUAUUGCCAGCAUUGAAGUUUGUUGAAAUUGCUAGUAUUAUUAUAUAUGAAAUUGCCUGUUAUUUUUUAUGGUAUUGGCAUCAAGUAGGGCAUCGAAGUGCCUUAGGGUCUAUAUGCCGGAUAUCGCCCAUGAUUUACUCUUGUUCAUGAUUCUGACCAUUGAAUAUUUUGAGCUCCAAGGAAUGAUAUGAUAAAA